AUGGAGCUCGACGAGGACGCCAAGCCCAACCUGACCGCGCUCAAUCGCAACCUGAGCUCUGGCGGCUGUAGCGACAGCUUCAAAGGCGAGCGAAACGGCAGCGUCGACGAUUCUCUGAAGCAUGGUACAGACAGCAGUGCAUCGGCUGCAAAAGCUCCCGUCAAACGUAGGGCCCCGAUUGCCUGCCGAAGAUGUCGCCGCAUGAGAAGCAAAUGCAUUCACGAGAAGGCAUCACCACCUUGUAAUGCCUGCAAAGAGGCUGGCUUAGGGGCCUCCGAUUGCAUUUUCCCUGUUCGAGGGCAGCCUGACGAUGACCGUGACUAUCGCCAUCCACGCAUGAGAGCUGAAAAGGCUAGCAAGCGUGACUUAAUCAAGACACGUCGCGAAGUCCUCGAUGUCCCCGUGUUUCCUCUCAGCGUGGCGCCUGCGGAUCGACCCAAGCACGCUGAUGAAUGGGAUCUUAUGCCACCGCUCCCCGAAAUUGUAGAGGCGGUUCACCUCUUCACUCGAAAGUAUUUCCAAUUAGGCUUCAUUCCUAAGCAGUUGUUCCCCGCCCGGCUUCAACGCGAUCACCGGUCCGUCAGCGUCUUUCUGCUCCUUAGCAUCCUCAGUAUCUCAGCACGCUUCUCCCUCCCCCUGACGCGACGUUAUCAGGGCGAGAUCAAGGCGGCCGACUUUUUCAUGGAAAGGGCCAGUACCUUGGCACUGAAUGAACUGUACCAGGAGCCAACGCUUGAGCGGUGCCAGGCGUUCUAUCUUCUGAGCAUCGCUCAACAAGGAAGUGGCUGGCGAAACCGAAGCUAUAUCAACCUCGGGAUUGCCACGAGGAUGGCCGUCCUCAUGCAUCUUCACCGCGAGGAGACCUAUGUUAUCAAGGUACCGACGAAAGAACUGGUUAUCAAGGCCGAGUCCGCCAGGCGUACUUUGUGGAUGCUCCAUAGUCAGGACAACCUCCACUGCGGCGCGAAGUCCCCUAUCUCGUUGGCCGCCAGCGACAUUACUUGUCUUCUACCCAGUGACGAGAAUGACUUUGCGAACGGCAAUGAGCCCAAUUCUCGCGCUGCCCUCGAAGAUACCCCACCUGCACGCGAGAACCCAUCUCUCAUCCAUCAGCCUACUCGAUCGCUGUUUGCGAGUCUCAUUCAAGCCCACUACUACUGGGGUAAGGUAGCCCGCAGAGCGAUGGUUUCUACAAAGAGCUCUUCGCCUUGGGAUCCCACAAGUGAAUAUUCCAAGAUGGCAGCGAGCUUGGCAAGCUGGGAACAGCAGCUACCACCAGACCACAAGUGGAGUAUGGUUCUGCUGAAAGGGCACAAAUCCGUGGGCGAGGAUCUUGCGUACAUGAGCGUGACGAUGGUUACAAAACUCUGCAAUGUGGUUCUUAGAAGACCAUACCUCGAUAACAUCAUACACCCCGAGCCCAAGAGCCAGGCUCACCGUGUUUUCUUCUCCCACUUGUCCGACGAACUGUUUCGCAAUGUUCGUGACUUGUUCGAGCAAAUAGACAACCAAUUCUCCGUGCGAGGCUCCGAUGAAAGCGUUGGUGCCCAGAUGGCUCUGUGGUCUGUUUUCGACCUAUUUAUGCAAAUACAAGAAUACCUUCUCAUGGAGUCAAAACAAGUCUGGCCUCUUGCCUCCCGUUGGCUCGAAUCGCUGGAAAGAUUUUCGCGAGAUCCCAAGGCCGCAACUGUGAGCAUGGAUGGCGGCAUGGCCGAUGGUAAUGAUCGAAUAUUACGGCCUUUGCAGAGCGGAUACUCGCCGUCUCUGACAGGCAUGGCCUCGAACCAAGGGAAGAAUGUUGUCCCAGCUUCACCGUUGCCUGGCCCAAUGUCACCGAGCGAGGAUUUAAAUUCAAAAAGCGUCAUGUCAUCGACCAAUGCCUCGCCAACGACAGCACCAGUGCCGAGAUUUCCACCCUCUAUGAGGUCGCCAGAGGAUCAACACCAACUACCAGUGCCAGGACAUCACCUGCGGCCGCAGCACCAAAUCCUCCCACAGCCUGCACAACAUCUGGGCCACAAGCAAAGUAUGGGACCGGGGCAGUCUCCUGUUCCACCGCAACAACAUGCAACUUUCACGCCGUCACAGCUUUCACCAGCCUCUUCAUUCGGUGCACAGCAACAGCAACAACAGCAACCUCUACAACAAAAUCCGCACCAGGCUCACCAUCAACAGCAACAGUACCAGCAUCAAGCGGCGCCGUUUGUAGCCCCCGGGCAUCAACAGGCCAGCCAAGGGUACGCUGCGUACGCACAGCAGCAGGACCCGUAUCCCCAAUCGCACAAUCCAAUGGGAGUCUUGCCUCAGGCCGCAUUUGACCCGCCGCCGAAUGUGCAGCAAACACAGCAGCAGCACGUCAUUGCCGGGUUCCCACAGGUUCAGUCCCUACCGCCACAAGCCUCGUUCGACGUCGUGCCGCCAAUGCAGCCCCAGCUGUUCACGCCCCCAACCCCGACUGCUCUGGGCCCGGGAAACGACGGAUAUGAGGGUGAGCUGCAAAGCUGGUUCGACGAGUCUGCCCAGGCAGGUGGCUGGGUUGGCAAUGGCGCAGGGAUGGGUAUGGGUUACUACUGA